AUGUUUGGUUUCUUACCAUUUUUGCUAUCAUUACAUUUAAAAAUUGCUAGAACCUAUAGUAGAAAACAAACGACACAAAAAAAUUCUAUCUUUGCAACGUUGUAUCAUCAUGGACAACCAACAAAUCAAACAUUACAAUUCACAUUCCCAGAUUCCACCCUCAAUAUCGAAAAAGAUAUCAUUGAACCGGACGUAAUCAUAUAUAUCAAAUUAUGGCCAUUUUUAUGUAUGAUAAUGGUAAUAAUAAUCGGAGUAAGUUGGUUUGUCUACAAAAAAACUAACCACCAUCAAAGUCAAGCAUUCCCACAGGAGGAAACUAUUAUGCUUGACACUACCACCCCAACCACCACCAAUGCUUCCAAAACGUAUACAUACGAAUCACCACCAUCGCCAGUAUCACUAUUGAUUUGGAACCAUCAACUACCAUCGCCAUCAUUGACUGAAUUGGAAGAAUUAGAGACAUUCACCACGGCUUUGCCAUCUCGCGGUGGCGGCCUCACAAAUGAAUAA